UUAUUGAGCUUAAAUUUGAAAAGAUACGCGAAAGUCUAGACAUAAUUCUGAAUAAAUAUAUGAAAAAUCACAAUAUGAAUGAACCCGAAAAGAGUUGGAUGAAAAUUGUAACAUCAUCAAAUUUAAGCACGACGUGUAAAGCGCGGAAGUUCUGCUAGUAAAGAAAAAAGAGAUAUUCACAUUGGGAUGGAAGACGAGGGAUGUGAAAGUGAAGCAACAAAGUGGUCCUACAAAGUCUUGGUAUUUCUGAAAUCUAUUAAAGUUUCUUUUCCAUUUGCUCCUUUUCACUUUUGCUACUCUAUCAACAAAGAAGGCACAUGAUAUCCAAUAAAGUUGCUGUAGAGAUUCUCUAAAUAUUACGAAACAAGCACUCGUGGACAAAAAGCAUUUUACUUCGAUUUGUCUAACCUCUUGUGUGCAUCCUUGAAAGUCAUGGUCUUCUCGGACUUCAUAGUUUUCUCUUUUGAUUAGCUCACUAUCACUUUGCUUCCCCAUAACCCUUGUUGUUCUCUACAGACUACAGUGACUAAUUCGCCAUGGCCAUUGGAGAGAUCUUUUUGAGUUCCCUCAUUCAGGUCUUGCUCGACAAGUUGGUUUCUAUGGGAUUGGACUAUGCGCAACGGGAAGGAAUCAGCCCGACCCUGCCCUAUAAGUGUGAGAAGAUGUUGGAAACAAUCAAUGAAGUGCUUGAUGAUGCAGAGGACAAGCAACUCGAUGGUGACCAUUUAGUGAAGCGAUGGCUGGACAAUGUUAGGGACUUGGCCUAUGACCUGGAAGACUUGCUUGAUGAGUUCGAGAUCGAAGCCGCUCAAGCCAAGUCAGAGGCAGAAUCCAGCACAAGCAGAGGUCAAUUAAAAAGGAAGUUCCCUUUCUUUAGCCGACCGCACUCGCUUACAUCUGAAACCAAGUUACUAGAGAUCGCCGACAGGUUUGAAGAGAUUAUCAAGAGGAAGUCUCUCCUAAGCUUGAGAAAGAAUGUUGUGGACAGAUCCCAAUACACCGACGAAAGGCUCCCCAGCACUAGUCUGUCAGAGACUCAAUUUUCGGGGGAGAAGGAAGAAGAGCAGAUACUCGAACUACUGACCGGUGAAGCCGAAAAUGGCAAUACCACAUUGAGCAUAGUCCCCAUAGUUGGGAUGGGUGGUAUUGGAAAGACAGCGUUAGCUCAGCGGCUAUACAAUGAUGCCAAAGUGAGUAGCUACUUUGAAAAGAGAGCAUGGGUUUGUGUUUCUGAUGUUUUUAAUGUUCUUGACAUAACGAAGACUAUUUUGCGGUCGAUCACUGAGGUGUCUGAUGAGGGUGAAGAUCUUAAUAGGCUUCAAGUUAAGUUAAAGGACAGUCUAUCAGGGAAAAAGUUUCUUGUGGUUUUAGAUGAUGUUUGGAAUGAAAACUACGGACGAUGGACCACCCUCUUGAAGCCAUUUGAAGCUGGGGCUAAAGGAAGUAAGAUCAUCAUAACGACUCGCAACUAUACUGUUGUUUCCAUAACAGGAGCUUCAUCGUAUCCUUUGAAGGAGUUGUCCCUUAAUAAUUGUAUAAGCUUAUUAGCCUUUCAUGCUCUUAAAAUGAAAAAUUUUGAGAGGCACCGAGACCUUGAAACAAUAGGCAAGAAAAUAGCCGAAAAAUGUAAAGGUUCACCUUUGGCAGCAAAGGUAUUGGGAGGUCUUCUACGUGAUAAAAGGAAUCCUGAUCAAUGGGAAGCUAUCUUAAACAGCAGAAUGUGGGAUCUUCCAAUGGGAGAAAAUGAUGAGGUUAUUCGAGUUUUGAAAUUGAGCUACGUCCAUCUUCCUUCUUAUUUGAAGAGAUGUUUUGUUUAUUGUGCAAUAUUUCCCAAGGAUUACGAAAUCGAGAGGGAUGAGCUAGUGCACUUGUGGAUAGCAGAGGGUUUUUUAAUGGAGGAAGAUCAAAAAAUAAUAUCUUGAAAUGGGGACAAGCUCAC